CCCCCGUUUUCGGGCAUUGCGAUUCGCGAGGAGUGUGUACUGUGCACGCGAUGUGACGCGAUGCACUUGCAAUAAAGCAUCACGGCGUCGCCUCUCUCUCUCUCUCUCACGCCAUAGCUUUUGCAAGAAAAGUGCAGCUAGCCAACGAUAAACAUGAAGAAGUAACACGGCCGACUGGAGGCUUGACAAACGAGCGACACAAUGCUGCUACUGCCCGCAACUUUCUCUUUUCGCGCGCGGCCGACCGAGUAAAAUACACAUCCACAUCAAGAGAGACAGAGAGAGAGACGAGAAGAGAGCGAGGAGUGCGUUAUAGUACGGUAGUACGGGUACGAGUAGGGAAAGUGGCAGUCGUCGUGGUAAAUCACCGUUAAUCGCACGCAAGAGUGUGCUGUGCGUGCUGUUACGACGGCAAGAAAGGCAUCAUCAUGAGUACUUGGACCGAGAGGAUGCACCGGAGGGCAGCCACUCUUGGCAAUGUUGUCACUAGCUGCGGGCAUCCAUCCUCUGUUUCACCUUAUCCCAGGAGAUUAGAGAAGGUCAAAUUUGGUGUUCCACUCGAUGAAGUAUGCAAAAAUGACAUACCCGGCCCAUUAUUGGUAUUAAUAUUGAAGUUGAAUAAAGAAGCACCACUGCGCAAAGAUGUAUUCCGGGCUCCAGGGCACCAAGGAAACAUGAAAAAACUCAUACAUUUUCUUCAGACUGGACGUUUAGUUAACAUGGAUAAUUUUAGUGUUUACACGAUAGCUAGUGUUCUAAAAAAGUUUCUGCGAAAGAUACCUGGUGGUGUUUUUGGAAGGGAUGGAGAGCAACAAUUGUUUAGUGUAAUUCAAUUGGACAGUAUAGAACAACAAAGGGACCAGAUUCACAAAUUAAUCACCUCUCUACCAAUCUACACUCAGCGUUUGCUGGUUCUGUUAUUUGGAACAUUCAGGGUAGUAGCAGUAAAUAGUGAAAGAGCAAGGACAGGUAUGACCAGUGAAGCCCUGGGAGUCUCUGUUGCACCAUCGUUUUUCCAAAGCUGUGUUAGUGAUGGAAAAACGGCAAAAAUGGAGGAUGUUCUUAGGUUCAAGGCCGAGGUGUCAGUUGCGACGAGAGUAAUGAAGUUCAUGAUAGACAAUUUUGGAGUAUCAAAUUUGUUCGGCCGAGAGAACUACGAAUUCUACGCGCGGAUUACCGGACGAAUCCUGAAAGUUGAAGAAGAUUGGAUAUUUAGCUUUCGCUAUCCUCCUGAUACCCUAGUAUCACGGCAAUUAUCACUAGAAGCCGAAAAGACUUGGUUGCAAUAUGAAUGUGAGAGAUGGGGCCUGAAGUUUAAUCUAGAAUCAAUGUCACACCAAGAGGAAUCGCAAUCGACGCCGGCAUUGAUUCACGUUCCAGAGUCCCUCGAGCUCACCUCGUCCCUCGGGAUGAUCCCAGAAAAUACGCUUUUGGAAAGCUACACGCGUCUUUCAGUUAGCCUAGAGGAAAAUGGAUUUUUUCAAACAUCUAGCCGCUCAUCAAGCAAUGGCAGCCACCACUCGCGUCACGCAGGCAUGACACUGGAUGAGCUGCGAGCCGUUAAUCGUUACGCGGAGAGCACAAAGAGCCUCAGCUACUUGCCUCAGGUGCACGAGCGGCAAACCGCACGCAUGAGAACUCGAUCCGAGUGGUUCCUCACUCCCGUUGGCGAGAGAUUGUCUGCCACCGAUAGCGAUCCUAUGACUGUGCACGUUCUUCGCGGAUCUAAUCGCUCAUCUUCCGGUAACAUUGCGACAGCACUGAGCGCGAGCGCCGAAUCGGUAAAGAGACCGAGUCUUCGGCGAAACUCUUCUCGGGAAAAAUCUCGUCUUCAUCGUAGUUCUUCGCGACGCAACAAAGAGAAUGGUGCAAAGAGUCGUGGCACGGAAAGCUCGAAGUCUCGUUCCAUGGAAACGGUGAAAGCAAAAGGUGCGAGAGUAAUGAUAGACCAACAACCAGCUGAGAAGAUGAUUAAAAAUGACGACGAUGAGAAGUCGCCGCAAGACCAAAGGGCUAUGACGCCGCAGAUUGGUCCGCAAGACUGCACCGAGAUGGACGUACAAACGUUCCACGUCACUCUCACCUACAAGCCGCGAAUCUAG